UUGACUGCUGCACCAAGUGGAGGUGGUCCUGCUUGACGCGACGAAGUGGUUUCCGCGGUCCACGCGUCCACGAGUCGAGGAGCACGCAGUCUUCACGCGGAGCGCGUGGUUGGUGUUGCUUAUUUUUCCGCGCUCCUUUCGUCCGUCCUUUCGGGUCCGUCCGCCUAUCCUUUUUCGGAUUUUUAUUUUAUUUUUCCCCCGGGCGCGCAAAAGAGAGCGAAAAUUAAUUUUAUUUUUGAAGAGUGUGAAGCGGAGGGAUUAAAUUAUCCCCUUUCCCUGUUAACACUGACCACAACUUUGCAAGAAUGUUACUGCCGUUUUUUCUCAUCGCUUUUUUCUUCGGAGGAAGUCAUGCGCUUGCUAUUGGCCAGGAGGAAAUUGAAAAUGAUGAAUUUGCGCGUCACUAUAAUUCAAGAUACUCAGUCUACGAUGAACCGUACAAUAUUGAGUUCAAGUAUCACAAUUAUGAACAAAUGAGUCGAUUUCUUCGAACUACGUCUCUUCGCUUUCAGAAUCUGACUGCCCUCUACUCGAUAGGAAAAUCAGUCAAAGGUCGUGAUCUCUGGGUGAUGGUCGUUUCCUCCUCGCCUUACGAACACAUGAUCGGCAAACCCGACGUGAAGUACGUGGCUAACAUACACGGAAACGAGGCUGUGGGCCGGGAGCUGAUGUUGCAUCUCAUUCACUUAUUCGUCACAAAAUAUGGGACUGAUUCCUAUAUCACCUGGUUGUUAGAUAACACCAGGAUCCACAUACUGCCGUCUAUGAACCCGGAUGGUUUCGAAGUUUCAAAAGAAGGAUAUUGUGACGGUUCACAAGGAAGAUAUAAUGCACGAGGAUUCGAUUUGAAUCGCAACUUCCCCGAUUAUUUCAAACAGAACAACAAGAAGAGUCAACCGGAAACGGAAGCGGUUAAAGAAUGGGUUUCCAAGAUACAAUUUGUACUCUCGGGAAGUCUCCACGGCGGUGCCCUCGUUGCAAGCUACCCAUUCGACAACACCCCGAAUUCACUGUUUCAGAGUUACGCUUCGACGCCCAGCGUUGCCCCAGACGACGAUGUCUUCCGCCAUUUGUCUUUGACGUACUCGCAAAAUCACGGCACCAUGUUUAAAGGGAAGGCUUGUUCUCAAUCUCAACCUGGUUUCAAGAAUGGUAUUACCAACGGAGCUGAAUGGUAUCCCCUCACAGGAGGGAUGCAGGACUUCAAUUAUGUUUGGAACGGCUGCAUGGAGAUAACACUCGAGAUAUCUUGCUGCAAAUAUCCGCCUGCUGAAGAUCUUCCUCGCUACUGGGAGGAAAAUCGCGGUUCACUCAUUAAAUUUUUGGCCGAAGCACACAGAGGUGUCCAUGGUUUCGCAAAUGAUGAGAACGGCAAUCCUAUUGAAAGAGCAUCGGUUAAAAUCAAGGGUCGUGAUAUUAGUUUUCUGACAACAAAGUACGGUGAAUUCUGGAGGGUUUUGCUACCUGGACUCUAUAAAAUGGAGGUUUACGCUAAUGGAUACGCUCCUCGGGAUGUCGAAUUUAUGGUUAUUGAACAGCACCCGACUCUCCUCAAUGUCACUCUCUAUGCAACCAAGAGGCAGGAGGAUAACGGGGAAAUUGGCGGUCCAGGAUUCGCCGGGAAUGUACCGGUGCGAUAUCCUCAUCGCGACUACAGUCUUCAUCUUCGACCGAGUUCCGGUGCCAAUACAGCCUCUGACCCUAACAAAGGGAUUUUCUCAUCAAUUAGCAACGGCUUCAAUUCAUUUGUCAGCAACAUCUUCGGCUGAUCUUCCGCCUAUCGACCCACAGUUGGUCGUUUCGUUGCGCUUUUCAUCAUCGUCGUCUUAUCACGCUCCCUCAGAAUGCGAAGAUACGCUUGGGCGUCGGUCGUUCUCUAGAAUCACUGUAAAAAAGAAAGUUCCAUUUUAGCGCUAAUUUCAGGUGUUAAAAUAAGACUCGGAUAAAACAGUCUCGGGUGGUACUAAAUUGAUUAACUUCAGGAAAAAUUAUAUUCUUUACGUAUUAAUCAAAAAACGAUAAUGCGGCUUAAUUAGCAUCAUCACGUCAAUAUUGGACGCUGCCAUUCGUGAAGAAUUGUACUUUUUAUCUAAAAAAAAACGAGUAGGUAAAACAGUUUUCCACAUUGCUUUUUGGUUUCGUGUCGGAAAAAGAUGUUAUGCUUUUUGGCGGACCUUUCCUCUUGUCAUGAUGCUAAUUGAGGCAAAGUUUCUUAUUUUCAGUUUUACAUAAAAAAUGAAAAUUUUUUCGGGAAAAAUUACCUUUAGCCAUAAUACUUUCUCUAUUUGGUCUCAGUAUCUGAAGUACAAUUUCCCGCCGAUUUUCAAGGUCAUUAACAGAAAAUGGUAGUCUAUGGCAUAACGAAUGACCUACCAUCUAACACAUUUAUUUUCCACGUUCUGAUUUUUAUAUUAAAAGAUAUCUGACUGAAAUUUUGGAAAAAGAGACAAAAUCUAUCAGGACAUCGCUCUCUGGCCCAUUUGAAUUUUUUACUUUGUUCAAAUAAUGUUUUAUUAACUUGUAACUUAUAAUCUAAGUUGAAACAGUUUUACAGCUCUUGUUAAUUUUAAAUGAGGGUGUUGAAGCCCUGGCCCCACUUACUUUCUUAAUUCUAAAUUAAAAAAAUUGCAAUAUUUAAACGACUUAAAAAUUCAAAAAAGGCCGGAAGGCCCGGACGGUUUUUCUGUCGCCUCUCAACAUUUCGCUGCCCUUAAAAUCAGACCACACUUGGUAAUUCCGGGUUAUUUUUUGCAUUAAAAAUAACAGAAUGAAGUUAUUCAAUUUCGAAACAGGACGCCUUGACUCUUAUUAUUAAAUAAAUGAUACCUGAAAAGGAUAAUACCGUAAAAAAAGGGAAUUCUAGUUUUUACAGUGAUCUGUAUAGACAGCUUCGAAGAGUUCAAACAAGUACGGGUUCCCAGGCGGAAAUGAAAUCGACAAGAGGAAGUCCGGAUCCUUUCAGGUUUGCAAAUCUAGACUGAUAUCGAUCGAGCUGUCAAUGAUAGCUGCGCUAUAGAAUAAAUAACCGUAACCGGUCCCGAAAGGAUCCACUUGACCUCUUUUUUCGAUCUAAUAGAUGGCAAUGUGCUGCAGCAAGGCAAUAAAAUAAACGAUUCAGAACCGGUCUCUUCGACUCAGCUUACGAUGAGAAAGUCUUGUAUUUUUUUUAACUUGAAUUGUACAGUAUUAUAAUUUUAAUAUAUUUAAAAAAUAAUAAUUUAUUACACUAACAGGAAGAUGACGCCAAAAAAAUGAAUCGAUACGUCAAUGUUAAAAUAAUAUCUUGGAGUGUAUGUCUGAAAUGACACUGUGUUUGUUCUGAAAUCAUGAAAUUCUCUGGAUUAAUGCAAUUCUCUUAAUUCUUUUUAAUUCUCUGAAUUUCCUGAAUUCUUGGAAUUGUCAAAAUUCUUGAAAUUCUGCGAAUUAUUAGAAUUCUUUGAAUUCUACGAAUUAUUAGAAUUCUACGAAUUCACUGAAUUUAUGAGAUUUCAUGAGAUUCUUGGAGUUCUCUGAAUUCCUGAAAUUUUGAGAAUUAAUGUGGUUCUUUAAAUCCUACGAAUUUUUGAAAUUUACUGAAUUUACGGUAUUCUCUAAAUUCUUAAAAUUCUGGUAAUUAUUGAAAUUUUCAAAAUUCUUUGAAUUCUCGGAAUUCUUGAAAUUCAGAGAAUGAUUGGAGUUCUGUAAAUGCUCUAAUUCUUGGAUUUCUCAGCAUUCCUGGAAUUCUGCGAAUUAUUGUCAUUCUUAGAACUCUCUGAAUUAUCUUAUUCUCCCUAAAAUUCUUUUAUUUUUUUCUAUUCCAUGAAUUGCACAAGUUCCACGAAAUUUAAAUUGUUUUUAGAUAAUCCCAAGUAAUUAAGAGAAUUCUGAGAAAUUCCACGAAUUAAAGAAAUGUUAUAAAUUCUAUGAAUUUCAUGAAAUCUAAUUAAUUCGCUUGAAUUCUCCAUAUUCCUAAAACUCCUUGAAUUCAAAGAAU